AUCUAAACAAAGCGUCAUAAAACAAUAACAUCAUCAAGUGAAGAUGGAGAGAGGAGGAGCCUGUCUGACGUCACGCCGACGCACACCGGAAGUUGUUUCGGCGUAAGAGUCAGCUGAUAGCAGGAGAAACACAUCAGCCUCCAGCGAUCAAAGCACAGGAUGUCUGCCUACCCUAAAUCCCACAAUCCUUUCGCCGACGACGAUGAUGAAGAGGACUCGAAACCCCGAGGAGGCUUCAACUUCGACGACGAUCCGGAGGAGAGCUCCCUGAGCCCCGCGGAGCGACGCCAGAGACAGCUGCAGCAGGAAGUGAUGCGCACCGCGCGGUCGGCCGUGGACAGCAGCCACCGCUCGCUCGGACUCGUCUACGAAUCAGAGAAGGUCGGAGCGGAGACGGCGGAGGAACUGAUUCGUCAGGGCGAGGCUUUGAAGAGGACGGAAAAGAUGAUCGACAACAUGGAGCAGGACAUGAGGACGAGCCAGAGGCAUAUCAACACCAUUAAGAGCGUCUGGGGCGGCAUGGUCAACUAUUUCAAAGGCAAACCUGAACCUCCCAAACCUGCUCAGAAGGACCAGCCCGUCUCCUACGAGGCCAACAGCAGGUUACAGAAUGCGCUCACGGAGAGCAAGCAGCAGGAAGACAAAUAUCAAGCCAGUCAUCCCAACCUCAGGAAACUGGACACAUCUGGAUUCGGAGCGUCCGCUUCGCUGGAGAACGACCCGUCCGAUCAGAACGGCUAUCCCAAGAACAAACACCUACGGGCCGCCCAUCAGCAGCUGGACACGAACCUCGACGAAAUGUCUCUGGGUUUGGGUCGCCUGAAGAACCUGGGCCUGGGGCUGCAGGCCGAGAUCGACGACCAGGACGUUUCUCUGGACGCUUUGCUCAACAAGGUGGACACCAUGGACGGCAAGAUCGGCUCCACCAACCGGCAGCUCAAAAACCUCAAAUAGACCCUCCCCCCGGGGUGAUGUCAUUUCCUGGAGGCGUGGCCAAAACAUCUCUGGCUCUCUGAAAAGAUUAGUCGACCCACUGAGAAGUUAAGCGCUCGUUUCAGUUCGGCCUUCGUUUAAUCGUCACUUAUUCGAGAUGGAUUGUACAUAAGCUCAGAAACGAACACGUUACCCGUAAGAAAAGCAUGCUCGAGACAUUUCAGUCAGUGCUUUUCCCGAUUCACCAGAUACCUUGGUUAUUACACAACCGUAAUACGACCUAGUUUAGAAAAGACACUUUCAUAACGGCGUGUCCUAAUUUUCCGUUGAUGUUUGUAUCAGAAACCUGUUGAGUUGCCUUAAAGUUCACCGAUUUCAGACGUGGAGCGAUUCUCGCUGCAUUUCACCGCGCUUCAUAGACGAGUCGUGUCCACUAACCUGAGGAUGAAUGGGGCUUUUACUCGUUUUCUUCUUUUCCGGGUAUAUAUGAGAGUGGCUUUGUAUGAAACACCAGAACAUGCGUGAGCGUUUCACUAUUGUUUCUGCGUCUGUAAAUCAAACGUUGUACUCCUGUUAAAGCUGAAUGUGAACAUGAAUAAAACCUUUUCAUCGA